AUUUUCAACAAGAAAGAUAGAGAAAGAGAGAGAUGGGGUCUGCGGCGUCUACCUUAGCAGAAUUACCGUCGGAGUUGAUCUUCGAGAUUCUAAGCCGAACGUCGUUGGAAACCCUAGAACGAUGCAAGGCGGUUUCAAAGAGUUGGAAGCAUAUUAUAUAUGAAUCCACUUUUCUCCCUCUCCACUGUCAAAGAACAAAUUCCCUUUUCGGCUAUUUCUUCCAAGACGUCAGACACAUUGCUAAAUUUCCAUCGGCGUUGGUAUCCUCCGCCCCCGGUGCCGCCGCUGCCGCCGCCAUCAACAGAACUUGGACGCGCGACAACAGGAAGAUCCUAGCCUCGUGCGAUCAAGGGAUUCUCUGCUGCGAGAGAGAAGAUCGAUGCCGCUGCGAUUCCUGCAACAACAAGCGAUUCUUCGCUUGCAAGCCCGCCACCAGCCAGUGGCAGGGUCUGCCCAAUCCCAAGCUCCGCUACGAGACCGACGCCGUCGCCAUCGUCGUCGUUCGAUCCACCCCUCUCCGAUACAUCAUCGCUAGUUUGUACAACUCCGGAAUCAUGCAGCAUAACUGCGAUAUAUUCGAUUCGGAGAAGUGGGCGUGGGAGAGGAUCGAGUGCGCGGCUCCCUACGGCGAGAUUGUGGAAUCCUGCCGCCCGGCCAUCACCACCGCCGGCCGAUUUUUCCACUGGCUCACCGUCAGCGGCAACGUGCUGACGCUGGACGUGAAGAGGAGGAGCUUCCGGUGCUCCCCGCUGCCGUGCGACCCCGCCUGCAAAUCGAAGGUGCUGGUGGAGUACGAGGGAGGGUUAGGGUUUGUGUGUGUGGUUGAAGAAGGAGACAGGAGAGAGAUGGAGGUGUGGGCCGGGGCCGAGAGGAAGAUGGUGGUGGACAUGAGAGGUAUCGAAAGAGCUCUGAAGCAUGCGCAGCCGGUGGAGUUGUGCAGCAGCACUGUAGUUUUCUUGAGGUCCGCGGACGGAGGAGGGUUUUAUAAUAUUCAAAAUGGCAGUUUUAGUAGAGUGGAGGUUCCUUAUGAGCUCAAAAAUCCGAAACAAGUUUUCCGGUUUAGAUCGGAUUGGGAGAUUGUUGAUCUUAAAGGUGGUUCACGGCGUGCGUUCGAACCGAAUAGUCCAACAAACGAUAAGAUUAUUUCGAGUGAACCGAAUAGUCCAACAAACGAUAAUAUUAGUUGGAGUGAGUCGACCCGACUCGAAAAGGCUCUGUUUUAUUUGGUCCUAGGUGGAGUAUGUUUCAGUAGCUGGAAUAGUCCAACAAACGAUAAGAUUAUUUCGAGUGAACCGAAUAGUCCAACAAACGAUAAUAUUAGUUGGAGUGAGUCGACCCGACUCGAAAAGGCUCUGUUUUAUUUGGUCCUAGGUGGAGUAUGUUUCAGUAGCUGGUAUAAGUAGCUGAGGUCUUUAGUUUUAUAUGUUUUGUUUUUCUAAAUUGGAUUAUCGUUAUACUUUUUCAACCAUUAGUCAUUAUUAAACCUUUUCUUCUUACAA